AUGAAGACAUACUCGCUGGAUGUUCCGCUGGCCCGGAAUCCAGUCAUUGCCGUGACUUUCUUUGGCGCUUUGGCGACAUUGAUGACCGGGCUGAGGCUGUAUGCGCUGCGUCUGCGACAGACCAAGCCUGGUGCGCCAGAAUGGUUGAUUAUUGCUGCGUUGUUCAUCGUGUACUGCGAUAUUGCCAUUGAAUAUGUUUUGACUAUUGUCGGCGGCGCUGGUCGACACGCCAGCACGAUCGAUCCAUCCUCGGUCGUCAUCACCUUGAAGACCAUCCUCCCCCUCGAAGCCCUGUACGGCAUCGUCAUGGGUCUCAUCAAAACCUCCAUCAUGCUCUUCGUCACCCGCAUCUUCGGCACCAAACGCAACUUCAAGAUCAGCGUCGCUGUCACCAUGGCCAUUGUCUGGAUGUGGGCCAUCAGCGUUAUUCUCGAAACUUUUCUACUUUGUCGCCCGCUGGCAUUGAACUGGGAUAUGACGGUGCCGGGAAAGUGUGGGAAUCGCAAUGCAGCGUAUGUGGUGGCAGGCAUUCUGAACCUCAUCACGGACUUGAUGGUGAUGGCGCUGCCACUGCCGCAUAUUUGGAAACUGCAGUUGAAUAUAGCCAAGAAGAUUGCGUUAUGCUCUGUGUUCUGCAUGGGAUUGCUGGUAUCCGUCAUCAGCAUCAUCCGCCUCAAAGCCCUCAUGGACAUCGACUUCAACGACAUCACCCAUUCCGUCCAGCUGGGCGUCAUGUGGACUGUCCUCGAGCCCGAACUGGCCAUCAUCUGCGCCAACAUGCCUCUGAUGAAAGUCAUUCUCUCGCGAGCCAUGCCGACGAUCUUCUCGUCCCAGCGCAAAUACGCCAUCUCCGAUCCACAGGCUUUUGAGCGUCUGGACGAACACAGUGGGGGUGCUUAUCCUCUAAAUCGGAUGAAUCAGGCGGAGGCUUCUGGAGGUGGUCCUGCGAGGAAGAAAGGCAAGAGUGAUCUACUUGUUUCGAUGCAGACGAUGGAUGAGGAGUGGGGGAAUUCAUCGCAGCAGCAUCUGCCUAGUCGGGCAGAUGGCAAUGUACAUGGCAGUUGA